UGUCAGUAAAGCUAGCAAUGCCUCUGAUAGAAAAAAAGUUAAUUGGUUUUUUAUACUAUCUCUUCUUAUUAUGCCAGUUUAUAUACUUUUUACAUCAGUUGGAUGGAUAGGCGUUAUAUUAGUAUUUGUUCUUAGCAAGCGAAAAGAUGUUAAAGUAAAAUCAGUAAAUGUAGAAGAGAAGAAUAGGUGUGAUGAUAUACAUUCUAAAACAUCUUUAACUAAUAAUGUUUCACUAAGUGCGGAUUCACUGGCAAAACAAACAACUUUGAACAUUACGAACAUCAAACAUAAUGACGCACCUAAUCAAGAAGAAGUUGUUUCUAAUUUUUUUAACACAUUGAGAACUAUGAAAAAAAGCACCAACAUUUCCACGCCAGAGAACAAGGUCAACAAUAUUUUUACGUCAGAGAAAAAGGAUACCAAUAUUUUUACUUCAGAGAAAAAGGAUACCAAUAUUUUUCUUUCAGAGAAAAAGGAUACCAAUAUUUUUACGUCAGAGAAAAAGGACACCAAUAUUUUUACUUCAGAGAAAAAGGAUACAAAUAUUUUUACUUCAGAGAAAAAGGGCACCAAUAUUUUUACUUCAGAGAAAAAGGGCACCAAUAUUUUUACUUCAGAGGAAAAGGACACCAACAUUUUUACAUCAGAGAAAAAGGAUACCAAUAUUUUUACAUCAGAGAAAAAGGAUACUAAGAUUUUUGCGUCAGAGAAAAAAGACAUUAUAGAGAAAAAAGACGGUUAUAUUCAUAUGACAGAGAAGCAUGGUAACAUCUUUGAUAAAGGUUGUAAAUGUAAUCGUACAUAUAUUAAGUCCAUUCCAACUGAAUUAACAGAGGAAGAGAGACUUCUUGAAAAUAUUGAAUAUAUUGAAAAUACAUUUGUUUAUGAUAUUAUUUCAGAUG